CGUGCUAGUGACAUUUCAAGUGAAGUGAAGUUGAUUGUGAAUAGCAGCAUGGCCGAUUGUCAAACUUGACGUCUUCACCGUAUCCGGAUUCCAUUAUUUCUCCUUUUCUCUUUUGCUUUCAAGAUGGCUCGAGGUCCCAAGAAGCAUUUGAAACGUUUAGCCGCCCCAAAGGCAUGGAUGUUAGACAAAUUGGGAGGAGUGUUUGCUCCUCGACCAUCGACUGGUCCACACAAACUGCGCGAAUCAUUGCCGCUGGUCAUCUUCCUGCGUAACCGAUUGAAGUACGCUUUGACCAACAGUGAAGUCACGAAAAUUGUCAUGCAACGUUUGAUUAAGGUUGACGGCAAAGUUCGUACCGAUCCCAACUAUCCAGCUGGUUUCAUGGAUGUUGUCACCAUCGACAAGACCGGAGAACAUUUUAGAUUAAUCUACGACGUUAAGGGACGUUUUACAAUCCAUCGUAUUUCAGCUGAAGAAGCUAAGUACAAACUAUGCAAAGUCCGCAAAACACAAUUGGGACCAAAGAACGUUCCAUUUUUGGUGACACACGACGGUCGCACCAUCCGGUAUCCAGAUCCGAUCAUCAAGGCCAAUGACACCAUUCAAUUGGACAUUGCCACAGGAAAGAUCACAGAUCACAUCAAAUUCGAUUCAGGAAACUUGUGCAUGAUUACCGGAGGCAGAAAUUUGGGUCGUGUCGGCACUGUUGUCAACCGCGAACGGCAUCCCGGUUCGUUCGAUAUCGUCCACGUGAAAGACAGUCAAGAUCAUGUGUUCGCCACCCGAUUGUCGAAUGUAUUCAUCAUUGGCAAAGGUGUCAAGGGCUACGUUUCGCUACCCAAGGGCAAGGGUAUCAAAUUGAGCAUUGCUGAAGAACGUGACAAGCGAUUGGCCGCCAAAGCUCAUUAAAAUUGAAUUUUUUUUAUUGGAAAUUGAUGAAUCAAUAAAAGAAAUUGAAAAAGAAAAA